GACUCCUUUACGAACUCCGGCAAAUGUAAACAACUUUUGACACUUGUUUAUUUACAGAAAAAAUAAGAAGAACAGGUGUACGAAGAAAGACGUUCAAGCUGAUUCUGGAAAGGCAUGGAUUUUUAGUCUUGUACUUAUACAAGCAAAAUGAAAGACCCAGAGACCCUUAAAAAAGGAGCAUUAGUAUCUGCUGCAUAUGAUACUCUGUUACAGGUUAGCCUCCGAGUCCUGUCUUUUGUCCUUAAUGCCUUCAUUGUCCGCCACGUGAGUCGAGAGGUUUUUGCAGUGAUGACAGUCCGUCUUCACUUACUCUAUGCCACAGGACUGCUUCUGUCAAGAGAGGCUUUCAGGCGGGCUGCUCUCAGUUCCAAAAGUGUUGAAAAUAUACAGAAAGUUAUCAACCUCAUUUGGAUUGGGCCUUUAGUUUCAGGGCCAGUAUGUCUCUUUGGCUGGUAUGUUUGGCUACAUGCUAUGGAACAGCCACCAGAGACUGUCACCAGGAACUACAGUGCAGGAGUGACAUUUAUGGCUCUGAGUGUUGUAGUAGAGGUGUUGGCUGAAGUGCCGUUUGUCCUAGCAGAACUUCAGCUUUGGAAUAAAACAAAGGUUGUGAUUGAAGGCUUAAUGCAGUUGCUUCGAUCGGUGCUCCUUGCAUUGUUUGUGUACAUUUGGCCUUUUCAAGCAGUGCUUAUGUACGGGGUCAGUCAUUUGAUUGGCUCAUUUUUAUACUGUUUUGCAUACUAUGGCCUCUUCGUCCACACCUUUGCGAAGAAGGAAGAAGCUGCCAAACUGCCCAUACAGAAUUUCCGGCAGAUGCUCCCGAGAACCAAAGGAGAUAAGAUGCUGCCAGAAAUAGAUGCAGAGUUGGGAUCUAUCUCCUGGAGCUUCUUCAAGCAAGGCUGGCUCAAGGAAGUGCUCACAGAAGGGGAACUCUACCUCAUGAAUUUCUUCUCACUCAUUUCUUUAGCCCAGCAAGGGGUUUAUCAGGUUGUGAGCAACUUGGGGUCCCUUGCAGCUCGUCUCGUUUUCCGCAGCAUCGAAGCAGCAGCUUACAAGUACUUUGCCCAGAUGCUUUAUCGAGGGAAGAGCAUAGCUGAGCAAGACCAGAUGCGAGUGACUGAAGUUGCAAGAUUUUUAUCAACAUUACUCCGUAGCCUUAUACUUGUCAGCCUUAUUGUCCUCUCCUUUGGGUGGUCAUAUUCACAUCUGCUCCUUCAGCUUUAUGGUGGCAGUCAGCUGAGUGAUGGUGGAGGAACACCACUUAUGAGAGCCCAGUGUUUCUUCGUUGUUUUCUUAGCGGUUAAUGGAGUCACAGAAGCAUACACUUUUGCAGCCAUGAAUGAUAAAGAAUUAGAAAGAUACAAUUACCUGCUGGUCAUGUUCUCAAUUGCAUACAUCGGAAUGGCAGUCGUUCUUACACAGAUAUUUGGUGCUCUAGGCUUCCUUUACGCCAAUUGCAUCAACAUGAGUUUCAGAAUUAUAUAUAGCCUGUGGUUUAUCCAUAAUCAGUAUAAGGAAACUGAUCAUGAACCUCUCACUGGUUUGUAUAUUCCCCUGAAGCUAGUUUUCAUGUUCGUUGUGGCUGCAGUUGUAACAGCCCUGUCUGAGCUUAUUGUUUACCCAAGAAGCAUCAUCAUGCACAUCUCAAUUGGAGGAGUCUGCCUGGUGGUAGUCGCCUAUUUCUUGCGUUGGGAGUUGAAGACACUUUAUGAAAAAAUCUUAGGAAUCUUAAGUAAAUGUCUUACAAGGUCUGAAUACAGGGAUAGGCAGCCAAGUGGAGAUAAAUUUUCUCAUGUAUGGGUUGUUAAUAAAAUACAUUCAAUGUUAUAUAGCUAUGACAAAGAGAAAAGUAAAUGAUUGUAUUUAAAAUAAAGGUUUUUAUAAUG